AUGAUAUCCUUACUUUUUUUAAUAUUUUUCCCUCUAAUAAAUACGCAAUUUCAAAUUAAUCUUGAUAUAACUAAUGAAGUAAGUGAAAGUGAUAUUGUUUUUCAACAUGAUUGCCUUCAUGUUGCUGCUGCUGGAAAUGAAAAUGAAAUUCUUUCGUUAUGUAUGAGUGAAUGGCCUUCAAAAUGGAACAUUGAAAGAAAUAAUUUUGAUAAAAUUUAUAGUUUUACUGAACUUUCUAAACUUAAUGUAACAAGUGAACAAUUGUAUCUUUGGUCAGCACCCAUGGAUAUUAUUGAAGAUUAUCAAUUUUAUCUAAAUGAUAUUUCAAUAUUAAAUGAAAAAUUCUUCUAUAAUUGUACAUUACCAAAAUUUGGUCCAUUAUGUCAAUAUUCAUUAGAUAUUUCAAUAUCUUCUUAUUCAUCAUCAUUGAAAGAAAUAAUUGAAAAUUUUUAUUUACAAGAAUAUAUUCCAACAGAUUUAACUUGUUAUAUUCAUCUAGAAUGUAAUCGUUGUCUUGAUUGGAGUGAAAUUUGUGAUGGGCAUAUUGAUUGUCUUAAUAAUGGAAUUGAUGAAGAACAUUGUUGGCAACUUCAAAUAAAUCAAUGUGAAGAAAAUGAAUAUCGAUGUGGAAAUGGACAAUGUAUUCCGAACAUAUUUUAUCAUGAUAGUCAAGAUUCUUUUGAUUGUAUUGAUCGAACUGAUGAAUAUACUAAUUGGAUUUUACCUUUUUAUAAUCGUAUCAAAGAACCAACAGUUACAACAGAAGAUAUUAUAUGUAAAAAAGAUAUAGAACGUCGAGUAUCAUUUACUAGUUCAUGUGUAAAUAAUCGAAAUGAUCUUAUUUUAGAAGCUAUGUUUUCAAGUAAACCAAAUUUCGUAUCAGAUGAUUGUUGGUUUGCAUUUCGAUGUAAAUUUCGAAUUCCUGAUUCAUCACAUCCAAAUUGUCAUCAUAUUAGUAUUGACAAAACAUAUGAAGAAAUAAUUAAUACAACAUGUCCUGAUGAAUUGUAUAUUCCAAAUGUACCAUUAUUCUUUGGACAUAUUUAUUUCGCUUAUACAAGAAAAGCUGCGUUGGAAUCUAUUACAGGAAUGUCUUCACCACAAUAUGUAUGUUAUAAUGCUCAAUUAUGCAAUGGAUUUUAUACAGAUAGAGAAUUAUUAACAAUAGACCAUAGUACAUGCCGUCGUCCUGAAGAUUUUCCAUUCAGAUUUGAUCCGAAAGGAAGAGGUAGUUGGUUAGAUACAUAUGUUAAACCAGUUUACAAACAAUUGUACAAAUGUAAUACAAUUAUUCGAAAUAUUUCAAAAUUUUGUGAUAAUUCAAUAAUGUAUCAAUGUAUUAAUUCAUCAAAAUGUAUUACAAAAGAUCGUCUUGGUGAUAGUUUAAUAGAUUGUGAUUAUCAAGAUGAUGAAGAUCAAGUUAUAAUUAAUAAUAUUUGUUCACAAGAUAAUGAAUCAAAAUUCUUUUUUAAAUGUACAACAACAGCAAAUAAAUGUAUUAAUCAUAUUAAAGUUAAUGAUAAAUAUUGUCAUUGUGGAUAUAAUCAAUUUAGAUUAUGCGAUGAUGAAGAUUUCGAUCUUAUUCAUAUUAGAACACAUUUAUCAUUUCCAACAAUUUGUGAUGGUUUUACAGAACUUAUACCAAUUAAUAUUAAUGGAUAUAAUGAAACAGAUGAAACAGAAUGUGAAUUAUGGCAAUGUAAUAAUACUUAUACACGAUGUAAUGUUAUUUGGAAUUGUUUUAAUGGUGCCGAUGAAAUUGAUUGUAAUAAAUCAGUAGUAUUCGAUUGUCCAUCUUAUCAUCAUAUAUGUGUAUCUCCUAAUACGAAUGAAUUAAUAUGUUUACCAAUUGCAAAAGCGAAUGAUGGAAUUAUUGAUUGUUUAGGUGGUAUUGAUGAACCAAAAUUAUGUCGAUCAAAUGAAUAUAUUUAUAAUGAAAAUAAUUUUUAUUGUCAAAAUCAAAGUUCGUCAUCUUGUAUAUCAUCUUUAGCUCUAUGUGAUGAUUAUGAAGAUUGUAUCCAAGGAGAUGAUGAACAAUUCUGUUCUUUAGAUCAAAAUUUGACUACGUAUGGUUCUAUUUGUAAUGAUGAUUAUGAUGAAGAACGUUCUGAUAUUGAAAAUAUUCUUUGUAAUCGUUUAUUCGAUAAUGUUAAAAUGCAAACUGUACAUUUUUCACUUGAUAAAAUUAAAUCACAACCAAAGCCAACAUAUGAAUUUCCAUCUUUUAUUGAACCUGUCAUACAUCAUAAUCAACGUUGUCAUCGUGGUCUACCUUUACGUAUUUGGUUAAAUCAAGAAAAAAAUUCAACAACAAUUAGUUGUCUUUGUCCACCAAGUUUUUAUGGUGAUAGAUGUCAAUAUCAAAAUCAACGUAUUAGUUUAUCGAUGAAAUUUCAAGCAUAUUCAGAUUCUCGACGAACAAUUUUUGCUCUUGUUAUUACACUUAUUGAUGAUAGUAAUGAACGAAUUAUUCAUUCAUAUCAACAAUUAACUUAUUUAUAUAUUCGUGAUUGUAAAAUUAAAUUUAAUAUUUAUUUACUUUAUUCAACUCGACCAAAAAAUAUGUUAAAACAUUAUUCAAUUCAUAUUGAUAUUUAUGAAAAAUUAUCAUUAACUUAUCGUGGAAGUUUAUUAAUACCAAUUAAAUUUCCUUUUUUACCUGUUCAUCGUAUUCCUGUUCAUCUUAAUAUUCCACGUACAAAUGAAAAUAUUCAAAUUUGUACAAAUCAAUCAUGUGUACAUGGUCAUUGUAUGAUAUAUUCAGAAGAUCCGAAAGGUAUUACUUUUUGUCAUUGUAAUUCUGGAUGGUCUGGGAAAUAUUGUAGUAUACCACAUAAAUGUAUGUGUUCAUCUGAUUCAUUAUGUGUAGGUAUUUCAGCAAGUAAUCGAUCGAUUUGUAUAUGUCCUAUUAAUAAAUUUGGUUCUCGAUGUUUAUUAUCAAAUAAUAUUUGUCAAUCGAAUGUAUGUUAUAAUGGUGGUACAUGUGUACCUUCGGAUAAAUAUAUGACAUUUAAUAAGACAUUUUACUGCUUAUGUUCAAAAGGAUUUAGUGGUGAUAGAUGUGAAAUAUCAGAUACAGAAAUAAUAUUAUCAUUUCAUCGAAAUAUUAAAUUAUCACAAUCAUUCAUUGUUCAUUUUAUUGAAAUUAUAAAUAAUGCAUCGCCAAAGAAUGGUAGUACUUUUAAACUAAUUCCUAUUCAGAAAAAUACAAUUAAUAUUUAUUGGAAAUAUCCAUUUCAUAUUGCUUUUAUUCAACUUUCGCAUAAUGAUUUUUAUCUUAUUAUAGUUCAGAAAACAUACAACCGAUCAUUAACCUUUAAAAAAGUAAUUAAUCCAUCAGAUCGUUGUAAACAUAUUAAUGAAAUAUUAAAUGAAACUAUUAUUAAAUUACCUCUUAUCCGUCGUAUUAAAUAUUAUCAUGUACCAUGUCAACAAACAUUACCAUUAUUAUCUUGUUUUUUUGAUGAUACUCAUUUUUGUUUAUGCAAUGAUUAUGGGAAUCAACGAAUAGCUAAUUGUUUUGAAUUUAAUUAUAUGAAAAAACUUGAUUGUUUUGGUCAAAGUAAUUGUGAAAAUGGUGCACAAUGUUUACAAGAUAAUCUUCAUUGUCCACAAACAUCAAUGUGUGUUUGUUCUCAAUGUUAUUAUGGAACACGUUGUCAAUUUAGUUCAAAUGGAUUUAGUCUUUCACUUGAUGCUAUUUUAGGUUAUCAUAUUUUACCACAUAUAAAAAUAGUACAACAACCGCAUACAGUCAAAUUUAGUUUAGCAUUAACAAUAAUUAUGAGUAUAUUAGGAUUUAUGAAUGGAAUUUUAUCACUAAUUACAUUUAAAAAUAAAGAACCUCGUGAUAUUGGUUGUGGUCUUUAUUUAUUAGGAUCUUCAAUUACAUCGUUAUUUAUUACAUUUAUGUUUGUAUUAAAAUUUUCAAUACUUAUUCAUACACAAAUAUCAUAUUCUACAAAUCGAUUAUUUUUAUCUUCUCAAUGUAUUACAAUUGAUUUCUUAUUACGAAUUGGUCUUUAUAUGGAUCAAUGGUUUUAUGCAUGUGUAGCUAUAGAACGGAUGAUUACAACUAUAAAAGGAAUUCAUUUUAAUAAGAAAACAAGUAAAAAAAUGGCUCAAUAUAUAAUUCCAAUGAUUGUAAUUUUAAUAAUUAGUACAACAAUUCAUGAUCCUAUACAUCGACGUUUAAUUUAUGAUGAAGAUAAUGAUGAAAAACGAAUUUGGUGUAUUGCUAGUUAUUCAUCUCGUAUUCAAAUUUAUGAUUCAUUUGUUAAUAUAUUUCAUUUUUUUAUUCCAUUUAUUAUUAAUGUAAUAUCAGCAGUAAUGAUUAUUCGAACAACUGCUCGUUUACAUAGAGCUGUUCAUCCUCAAGAACUCUAUCAAAGAGUUUUACAUGUACAAAUAAAACGUCAUAGUCAUCUUUUAUAUGCACCUAUUGUUUUAAUUAUACUUGCUAUACCACGUUCAAUUCUAUCAUUUAUUUCAGGUUGUAUGAAAUCAGUUGAUGAUUCGUGGAUUUUUCUUAUUGGAUAUUUUAUUUCAUUUAUUCCACCUAUGAUUACUUUUAUUUUAUUUGUAUUACCAUCAAAAUCAUAUAAGAAAGAAUUUUGGAAAUCAAUUAAAAAAUAUCGAACAACAAUACAAACACAUUUACAUAUUGAUUCAUAA